GUUUAGAGAGCUCGUACAAGAGCUCACUGGCCAAGACGCCGUCGAUCAACCGGAGCCCGUGUUCUCCCCCUCCACCGUCUCCGACCUCAGCCCUUCCCCGCCGCCGCCGGAGAAUCUUGCGCCACGUGUUCUUGACCCGGAGCCGUUCGAUGAUCGGGUGUGUGAGUACUUUGAGCCGUUGGAUGGUGAAGAGAUGUUUUUGCCUCAGAUGUCGGCAGAUUAUGAGCUAAAAUGUUGAAAAUGGAAAACACGGAAGGUAAUAAUAUCACGUUCACGUCCUAUUGGAUUGAAGAAAGCAAAAUUCAAAAGGAAGGCAACCGAAGAUUCUAUAUGUGUAGUAUAGCGAACGUUUCAAGGAUAAAUAAACUAGAGAAUCGUCAAGGUGUCGAAGGUUAUGAUGAGGUGUCGAAGGAGAUGGCGAGGCGUAGUAGUUCUUAAUAAAAGUGAUGUCACAAGGAGAUGCGCUAUUUAUAUCGUAUUUUCUCACAUACAAAGCCCUCCAUAUCAGUAGUUUCUUUACUAAAAAUGGCUAUUUCUAAUCUCUUAGCCACUAUCAAUGCCGUCAGUUUCUUCUCCGGCAAACCAGACCACUUCUUGGCUCGUCCAUUGUCACAAACGACUCCAAGAAUCCAAACUUCUUGCUGUCAUCGCGAGCCGUCGUUUAAACCUUGGACACCUAUUAUGAUGUCUGAGGUUGAGACAUAUACAAAGAGUGACAGUCACGGAGUUGGCAUUUUUCGUUUCUUACAAGGGAAGAGCUAUUUGAUUACAGGUGCAACAGGGUUUCUCGCUAAAGUGUUGAUUUUGAAAUUGGUGAGAGAAAGUCCUGAGAUUGGUAAUAUAUUUAUUCUAAUGAAAACUGAACAUCAAGAAUCUGCUAACAAGAGACUAUAUGAUGAGAUCAUAAGCUCGGAUCUUUUCAGACUUAUAAAGCAAACGCACGGGAGCUCUUACGAAGCUUUGAUGAAAAGCAAGUUGAUUCCAGUAGUUGGAGAUAUUGGAGAAGACAAUCUUGGCAUAAAAUCUCAAAUGGCAUACAAUAUUAGUGAUGAGAUUGAUGUCAUCAUAAGUUGUGCUGGUCGUACAACAUUUGACUAUAGAUACGACUCUGCUUUAAACGUCAAUGCUCUUGGACCUGGUAGACUCUUAAGCUUCGGAAAGGGAUGCAAGAAACUGAAACUUUUUCUCCAUAUUUCAACUGCUUAUGUGACUGGUAAUAAAGAAGGAAAAAUACUAGAGACUCCUCUCUGCAUUGGAGAAAACAUAACUUCUCACUUAAACAUUGAAACCGAGAUGAAACUAGCUUCAGAAGCUGUAAGAAAGUUCUAUGGCAGAGAAGAAAUCAAGAAACUGAAAGAACUUGGCAUGGAAAGAGCUCAAUAUUAUGGCUGGGAAAACACUUACACAUUCACAAAAGCCAUGGGUGAGUCUGUAAUUCAAAACCAAAGAGGAGAUCUGCCUGUAGUGAUUAUAAGGCCUAGUAUUAUAGAAAGCUCCUACAAGGAGCCUUUUCCUGGCUGGCUCCAAGGAAUAAGGAUGAGUGCUCCAUUAAUAUUGGCAUAUGGAAAAGACCAUAUUGCUGACAUGUGGGGAGAUUAUAAAUCUUCUUGUGACAUUAUACCUGUUGAUAUGGUUGCUAACGCGACAAUAGCAGCCAUGGCAAAGCAUGGUUGUGGUGUCUCAGAGACGAAAGCUUACAAUGUUACUUCUUCUUCUCAUGCCAACCCCCUGCGACUUGGCGAGUCAAUGGACUUCUCUCAUCAACAUCUGUGUGACUCUCCAUUAAUAAAAACAGUGAUGGAGUUAGAGCGUGUGAAAUUCUACAAUUCCUUAGAGGAUUUCACUUCCUCUGUAUCCAUUAGAAUAGCAAAACAAGAAGGAGAGAUGAGCAGCGGAAGAGGUGAGUCACCUACCAUGCUGAGCAUGAAGGGGAAGAGGAAACUAAAAUAUCUCGUGUCCUUAGCAAGAACAUAUCAGCCCUACACCUUCUUUCAAGCUCGGUUUGAUGACACCAAUACAAGGGGUCUGAUACAGGAAUUGUCAAUGGAAGAGAGAAGAAUGUUUGGGUUCAAUGGCAGAGACAUUGACUGGGAGCACUACAUUGUCAACGUUCAUCUUCCAGGUCUCAAAAGAGAACUCUUUCGCGGAAGAUUCAGUUAAAAAGAACUAGAUUUUAAUCCGCACAGUCCGUGUGGAUAUUUUUUAUUUUAUAAAUGUAUUUAAUAUUAUUAUAAAUAUUUUAAAUAUAUUAUUUCUAUUUUAGU